CGGGCUGCUGCGGAAUCAUCGUCGUUUGUGUGUGUGCAGCUUUUCUCGUGGAUCAUGGUGUCGCGAGGCGGGACGCGAGAGUUCUAUUUCAACACGGUUCUGUCGCUCGCGCGUUCACUGGCAGCGCACCGCCCGGCGCCCGUCGAGAAGGUGCAGAAGUUAUUAUGCAUGUGUCCAUGCGACAGCCGCGGCGUCUUCACUCUGGAUGUCCGCCGCAGGGAUGCCGUCAUCGCACUGGCCGUGUUCCUGGUCGAGUCUGAUUUACAGCACAAAGACACGGUGGUAAGUUACCUGUUGAGUCUGCUCAAGGGAUUACCCAGAGUGCAGUGGGUGGAGGAGAAUGCUUGGAGGAAGUGUAAAGAGACUCUCCCCAUGGCAGAAAACUUCAGCUUCUGUCUGGUGACGCUCCUGUCUGACGUCGCUCAGAGAGACCCGGAGUCUCGCUCACAGAUUCUGGAUGCUGUGAUGGAAGUGAUGCAGUCUCUGCUGGAGAUCUGCCAGACGCCCGAGAACCAUGAUAAAGUCUACCUGUGCAGGUAUGCUGUUCCGUGUCUUCUGGGCGUGGCCCGAGCGUUUGGUCGCUAUGGUAAUGGCGGCGAGCCCCUCCUCUCUCAGCUGUUUCCGCGAGGAGCGCCGCAGCCGGCUCAGCGUGUGUCUGUGGAGACCGAGGGCGUUCGGAGGAGAUCCUUCAAUGACUUCCGCUCUAUUUUACCCAGUUCACUGCUCACGGCCUGUCAGGGAGACAUGCUGAGACGCAAGAGCGGCAUCGCUAACCCUGACGCACAGGGGAGUCCGGACAGAGGUGGACCAUCGCCCUGCUCUCCCACAGCUCCAGGACCACAGUAUUUUGAAGGUUCGUGUCUGGCGGAGGGUAGUGUGGUGAAUCCAGAUUAUUACUUCACGACGGUCAGCUCCAGUUUCUCCAUCUCUCCUCUCUUCACUGGAGCCAGCGGACAAGAAAUAAGCGUCCCUUUAGAGCUGCUGAUCCGCCUCUUACAGAUGGUGAAGCAUUUCGUCUCUGAUUCAUUCCUCAAGACUCUGGACGCUGUCGUGUCUGAGGUUACAGAGGCAAAUCCAGGCAUCGAUCUCUUUUACAAAACCUUCAGCGACCCGCUAUACGUCAGCAUGUUCAAGAUGCUGCGAGACACGCUCUAUCACAUGAAAGAUGUGCAGACGAGCUUCGUUAAAGAGGUGCAUGACUUCAUUCUGGAGCAGUUCAGCAGCAGCCAAUCAGAGAUCCAGAAGGUUCUCAGUGAGGAACGGUUGCCAGGGGAACCCAGUCCUCUCAAGCUCCGUUGUCAUGCCAACGCAGCCUGUGUGGACCUCAUGGUGUGGGCCGUCAAAGAUGAGCAAGGAGCUGAGAAUCUGUGCACUAAACUGUCAGAGAAACUUCAGUCCAAGACGUCCAGUAAGGUGAUCAUCGCUCACAUGCCGCUUUACCUGUAUGUAGAUGCUGUUCCUUCUGCUGCCCUUUUCACAUCUUUUCCUUUAGGAGGCGGUGGGAUCAAAAUCAACGUGACCAAUGAACAUUCUCAGUCCACGCUCAACCUGCUGUCCAACAGAAAGGACCAGUCCAUGUACGAGCAGCUCCGAGACAUUUCCAUCGACAACAUCUGCAGAUGUCUGAAAGCUGGCCUCACUAUGGAUCCUGUAAUAGUGGAGGCGUUCUUAGCCAGCCUGUCAAACCGGCUCUACAUCUCCCAGGAAAAUGACAAAGAGGCUCAUCUCAUCCCGGAUCACACCAUCCGUGCGCUCGGACACAUCGCUGUGGCCAUGAGAGACUGUCCUAAAGUCAUGGAGCCCAUCCUGCAGAUCCUGCAGCAGAAGUUCUGCCAGCCGCCCUCGCAGCUAGACGUGCUGAUCAUAGACCAGCUGGGCUGCAUGGUCAUUACGGGGAACGUGAGGAUCUCAUUUACACACAUAAUUACAGCUGCUCGCUGCGUGAAGCUGCAGCGUUUAUUUCCAAGAGAAUCGCGAUGCAUUCGCAAAAUCGAAUCGAUUUAUCGUCGCAGCCCUAGUGAACGUUCUGAAAGUUACAAUAUCUCCAUGAUAUUUUACAUCUGUGCUGUUAAUUUAUUAAAUCUGCUUCCAGUGUGUCUCUGGUGGUGGUUUAAUAUAAAGCGUGUGUGUUUGUGCAGGCACUGCUCUCUAGCUGUGAUAAACGCCCUGGCUAAUAUCGCGGCUAACCUGCAGGGGGAGCAGUUGGUGGACGAGCUUCUGGUCAAUCUGCUGGAGCUGUUCGUUCAGCUCGGCCUGGAGGGCAAGAGAGCCAGUGAACGCGCCAGUGAUAAAGGACCGGCCCUCAAAGCGUCCAGCAGUGCUGGUAAUCUAGGCGUCCUCAUCCCUGUAAUCGCUGUGUUGACCCGCCGGUUGCCUCCCAUUAAAGAGGCCAAACCUCGCCUUCAGAAGCUCUUUAGAGAUUUCUGGCUCUAUUCUGUGGUCAUGGGAUUUGCUGUGGAAGGUUCUGGUCUGUGGCCUGAGGAAUGGUACGAGGGAGUGUGUGAAAUCGCCACAAAAUCUCCACUGCUCACGUUCCCCAGUGGAGAACCGCUGCGUUCAGAGCUCCAGUACAACUCGGCUCUGAAGAACGACACGGUUACUCCGGCGGAGUUAAGUGAACUGCGCAGCACCAUCAUUAAUUUGUUGGAUCCGUCACCUGAAGCCGCCGCCCUCAUCAAUAAACUCGACUUUGCCAUGUGCACUUACCUGCUGUCUGUGUACCGGCUGGAGUAUAUGAGGAUGCUGCACUCGAAUGAUGCCGACCGCUUCCAGGUGAUGUUCAGAUACUUUGAGGACAAAGCCAUCCAGAAAGACAAAUCAGGCAUGAUGCAGUGUGUGAUUUGUGUGGGUGAUAAAGUCUUCGAGGUUUUCCUGCAGAUGAUGGCUGAGAAACCCAAGACUAAAGAGCACGAGGAGGAGCUGGAGCGCCACGCUCAGUUCCUAUUGGUCAACUUUAACCACACCCACAAGAGGAUCCGCAGGGUGGCAGAUAAAUACCUCUCAGGACUCGCAGAAACGUUUCCUCAUCUUCUGUGGAGUGGAAGAGUUUUGAAGACCAUGUUGGACAUCCUGCAGACUCUGUCUCUGUCCCUGAGCGCCGACAUCCACAAGGACCAGCCGUACUACGACAUUCCCGACACUCCGUACAGAAUAACGGUCCCAGACACGCAUGAGGCGCGAGAGAGCAUCGUGAAGGACUUUGCCGCCCGCUGUGGAGAGAUCUUGAAGGAGGCCAUGAAAUGGGCCGCUUCGGUUACCAAAUCUCAUCUCCAGGAGUAUCUGAACAAGCAUCAGAACUGGCUGUCGGGUUUGUCUCAGCACACGGGUUUGGCGAUGGCUACCGAGAGCAUUCUCAGCUUCGCGGGAUACAACCGUCAAAGCACAACGCUGGGGGUUACCCAGCUGACGGAGCGGCCCACCUGUGUGAAGAAGGACUACUCCAACUUCAUGGCAUCGCUCAACCUGCGGAAUCGCUACACUGGAGAGGUUGCUGGGAUGCUUCAGUUUGCCAAAGCGACACACAGUGAGUCAAACCUCAGCAAGCUGAUGGUUUCUCAGAUGAGUGAUGCUCUGGAUGCCAAAGACUCAGAUGCCUUCACACAGAACAUGUUCAAGAUGACCGCGCUGCUUAUCAGCACUAAAGAUUGGGAUCUUCAGCUGCUGCAUCAUCUCUGCUGGUCUCCUCUGAAGAUGUUCACUGAGCAGGGAAUGGAGACGGCCAUCGCCUGCUGGGAGUGGCUGCUCGCUGCCCGCGAUGGGAUUGAAGUCCAGUUCAUGCGUGAGAUGGCGGCCGCCUGGCAGAUGACCGUCGAGCUGAAGAUGGGCUUGUUCUCAGAGACGGAGUCGGAGGCCGAUCCUUUAGCUGCUUCAGAAGAGAGUCAACCGCUGCCCCGUCCACCCAACGUCACGCCACAUUCGCUCUGGAUUGAGUUUCUAGUGCAGAGAUUUGAAAUCGCCAAGUACUGCAGUGCAGAUCAGGUGGAGAUCUUCACCGGCGUCCUGCAGAGGGCGCUGUCUCUCAGCGUCGGCGGGCCCAAGAGCUGCCUGAACCGCCACGUAGCUGCUAUAGGACCCCGAUUCAGGCUGCUGACUCUCAGUCUCACUCUUCUUCACGCUGAUGUGGUCACUAACUCCACCAUCCGUAACGUCCUGAGAGAGAAGAUCUACUCUACUGCCUUUGAUUACUUCAGUGUGGCUCCACGGUUCCCCACGCAGCCGGAGAAACGCCUGCGCGAAGACAUCAGCAUCAUGAUCAAGUUCUACGCCUGUCUGCUGUCGGAUAAGAAAUAUCUCACGGCCACUCAGCUCGUGCCACCAGAUCCUCAGGACGUGUCGGUGAACAGUCUGUCUGUGAUGGCGGUGACGGACUCCAGGAGCAGUCUGGACGCAGCUGUGGGCUCCAGACAGCAGGCCACACAGGGCUGGAUCAACACAUACCCACUGUCCAGCGGCGUCUCCACGCUCUCCAAGAAAUCAGGUCUGUUAAAGAAGACGAACAGAGGAACUCAGCUGCAUAAAUACUUCAUGAAACGCAGAACGCUGCUGCUGGCCCUGCUGGCCAGUGAGGUGGAGCGUCUGACCACUUGGUACAAUCCUCUGGGCAGCCAGGAGCUGCAGAUCUCCGCCGAACAGUCUGUGGAGACCAGCAUCACCAACUGGAGGUCCAAAUACAUCAGCCUGACCGAGAAACAGUGGAAGGACAACGUUAAUCUAGCGUGGAGCAUCUCGCCGUACCUCGCACUACAGCUGCCGGCCAGGUUCAAGAACACAGAAGCCAUUUUCUCAGAAGUGACCCGCUUGGUUCGGCUGGAUCCGGGAGCCGUCAGUGACGUUCCUGAGGCUGUGAAGUUUUUAGUGACGUGGCACACGAUCGACGCUGAUUCUCCUGAACUGAGUCAUAUCUUGUGUUGGGCUCCGGCCGAUCCUCCCACGGGACUCUCGUAUUUCUCCAGCAUGUAUCCGCCGCAUCCGCUGACAGCACAGUACGCCGUCAAAGUCCUGCGCUCCUUCCCUCCUGAUGCUAUUCUGUUUUACAUCCCACAAAUUGUUCAGGCCCUCCGUUAUGACAAGGUAUAGUGUGUGUG